GGGUAAAGUGAUAGGCGCUUGACAGAGCAGCCAAGGCCAAUAUGGCGGCGCCCAUGGCUCGCAUCAGCUGACAGUGUAGCAUUUAUAUUUUUAUCAUACGUGCAAGUGUCUUUUGAUCAGUGUAUUGAUGUAAAUGUUGUCCACUUGAUCGUGAUGGACAACGAUACCGCUAGUAAGUCAAAUAAACCGGUCAACAGGGGAAAAACCAAGAAUAGUGCGAAAAUAUCCGACGAUGAAUUAAUUUUACGCCGUAAGAGACAGAAUGCCGCGAGAGUUCGUGCUUUUAGGGAAAGGAAAAAGGCUCUUGCCCUCCAGUCAUCAUCACAAGCCGAACUAAAGUUUGAGCCGCCGGAAAAAAAUAGUAGACUGAUAACAGAUGUUAUGCCGAGUACUAGUAGGGGUCCAGCGUCGAGCUCUGGAUAUAAUACGUCUAUCAUUCAAAGUGGCGACCCUGUAUCCGAAAAAAUUUUGCAUCAAAGACAACUAAAUGCGGAAAGAUGUCGCAGGUAUCGUCAAAAAUGCAAGCAGCUAAAAUCGAGUACGAAGACAAGUCGAGGAUUAGUUGCUGAUGCAGAGGAUUUCCAAAACUCCUCAAAUCACACUCAAGAUUUUUCAAACGAUGAAUCCUCAUCACAGGCUUCUGAAAAUGCAACCGACGACGCAAAUUCCAGCACUCCUGCAGGCUUAUACUGUCGUCGGUACCGAGAAAGACUCAAUGCACGAAUAAUACGAGCAGAAGAGGAUCCCUCAUCGAUCUAUACGUUGUAUAUCAGACAUAAUGGAGCUCAUAAUCUAUUCGAAAACUUAUUUGAGAAUAACUCAUUCGGUUUUGCGUGCACUGUUUGUGAUAGACUAUGGUUCAAAAAUGAUUUGAAAAGUCCGCCUUUAUCGUGCAGUGCAAUUUUGCGACAAAUAUGCCCAACUGUCUCCUUGCAAGAUAUUCGCGUGUGUGCGACCUGUAAAAUGUCGCUAGUUGUUGGAAAAAUACCGAAUUUGGCCGUGAACAAUGGGUUUAAGUAUCCGCCUAAGCCGAAUCUCCCUGAAUUGGAUUUAGUUUCCGAGCGAUUAAUAUCACCCAGAUUACCUUUUAUGCAAAUUCGACGGUUGCGAUACCUCGAGGGACAAUAUAGAAUCACUGGACAAGUUAUCAAUGUGCCCGUUGAUGUUAAUAACAUGGUCCAAACACUGCCUCGAAAUCUAGACGACGAUUAUUGUAUAAAUGUACACAUAAAAAAACGAUUAAUGCACAAAUCUAGUUAUUUGCAAGGACUGGUAAAGAAGGGGGUUGUUAAAGACUGGCUUAAUUAUCUUGUGGCUACUCCGCUUUAUAAGCAUUAUGACAUUAAAAUCAGCUUGAGGGAAUUAAACAAUGAGAGUGAAAAUCCAGACAUUGUUUUAGACGAUUUCGCUGAACCAAUUGAAACUGGUGAUAGUCUAAUUGCUGAACAGCAUACUCUUUUAUGGUCAGAGGAUAAAUAUUUAGAAAUUGCACCAGAAGAGAACAAAAGACCUAUUAGUCUGUUUGAUUCUCAUGUGGAAGAAUUAUCUUUCCCAGCAAUUUACUACGGUCAAUUUCGGGAAUUCAAAGAUGGUGUUAAUUGCACAGCUUACUCGAUUGCAACAAGUGAAUUGCGGCGCUCUGAUCGACGAGGGGUCACUCCUCACCACUUGCUCUUCUUAGCCAUGAAGAUUAUGAGUGAAAACAUCAGCAUUGCUUUGAAACAAGGCAUAAACAUAACGAAAGAGCAAAUAUUAUCUUCCGAUUAUCUUAAUGGUUGUAUUGAAUCAAACUUGGUUUUUCUCAAAUCCAUACCGAAUUCAGUACAAUAUUGGGAAAGUCGAAAAGAAGACCUCUUUGCCAUGAUCAGGCAAUUUGGUAAGCCAACGGUGUUUUUGACAAUGAGCGCCAAUGAAAUAUCAUGGAAAUGGCUUUUGAAAACAUUGUAUAAAUUGAAACAUGGCACGGAGAUCACUGAUUUAGAAGUUGAUCAGUUGCAUUAUAAAGUCAAGGCAGAGUUAAUAAAUAAAGAUGCUGUCAUAUGCGCCAUUUAUUUCAACAAACUUAUCACUGUAAUAAUGACAAUUCUUCAAAAUAAAACCGUUAGCCCAUUCGGUAAGCAUUAUGUUCAACAUUAUUUCAAGAGGAUUGAAUUUCAACACAGAGGAAGUCCUCAUGCACAUUUUUUGCUUUGGUUGAAUGAGGCGCCUAAAGAUGCUUUUGGGGCAGAUAUGGAUUCUACUAUUCGGCUUAUCGAUGAUUUAAUUUCAGUAUCGAGCACGGAGUCCUCAGGUCUUAUUAAUCUCGUCACACACCAUCACACUUUUACGUGUUAUAAAAAUAAUCGGAAAUGCAGAUUCAAUGCCCCUUUUAUGCCUAGUCGAUCAACUGUACUACUUAAGCCUUUGGCUAAAUCUACUUAUCGGGAGAAACGCGUUCAUGAUGAGUAUAAAAAAAGAUAUCAAACAAUACACCAAAAUCUCGAAGACAACGACUACGAUGACAUUGAUGAUUUUUAUCAUAAAAAUAGCAUAACAUCAGAUGAAGAUUAUCAUAAAAUUCUGUCCGCUGGAAUUUUACGGUCAAUGGUUUUCGUUAAACGUCACCCCAAUGAAAAAUGGCAUAACUCCUUCAAUCCAUUCAUUUUUCACCACUUGCAAUCCAACAUGGAUAUCCAGUACAUACCAGAUGAGUAUGCCUGUGCUGCAUACGUUGUGGAGUGUGUAAACAAAUCGAAUCGAGGCAUCAGUAAUCUCCAACGGGAGCUAUUGGAUCUUUUGGAGGAAAAUCCAAGUUUAGAUUUGGUCGAAAUGACAAGACAUAUGAGUGCUAAUAUUUUAAAUACAAUAGAAAUGUCCAGCCAAGAAGCAGCAUGGUUUCUCCUUAAGGAACCAAUGUCUAAGUCAACACUUAAAGUUGAAUUCAUACCUACAAUGUGGCCUCUGGAACGUCAUCGUGUCAGAAAAACAGAAAAAGAAUUAGAACGGCUUCCUGAUGACGAUACCAAUAUUUGGAAAGAAAAUUGUUUCGAGAAAUACGAAAAUCGACCUGCAGAAUUAGAAGAUGUUUCGUUGAUUCAGUUUGUUGCUUGGUAUGCAGUCAAAGCUCGAAAAAAACCGUCGGGACCUCAAAUUACAUACCAAAAUUGGGAUACAGAAGAUGAAGAAGACAUUGAAGAAGAAGAAAAUGUCAAUCAGCAAAGUGAAAAAGUAUAUUAUCGUCGAAAAACCCCAAGGAUCGUACGCUAUCGACAUUACGAUAUGGCAAAUCAAAUGUUAGACUACAAACGUGAAAUGGUUACCUUGUACAUUCCAUUUCGUAAUGAAGAAAGGGACAUUCUGGAUGAAAUGCGAUUUAAUCAAAUCUAUGAAGAAAAUGAACAAUUGAUUUUAGCUUGUCGUGAAGAAUUUGAAGCGAAUUUAGAUAUUGACAAAAUUAUUGAGGCGUACAGAAAAUUAUGUCGUCCUGAUGAAAAUGAAGAAGACCUUGAAAUUUUGCCGCUUAUGCAGCAUGAUGCGAAUCCAUUCAUCGAAUUUGACAACAAUCCAGAUGCAGUUACAGUGAAAGGAGAAGAAAUAAGCGAAGAUGGGCAAGAUGUGAUUUCCUCCUUAAUAAAAGUGGAAGCAGAGGGAAUAAACAAUGACAACGAUAUGGAAAUUAGUAAAGCUGUGACACUAAAACGACGCAAUUCCGAUAUUGUGGUGAAAAGAGAAGAAAUAAGCAGUGAUAGCGAAAAUGGGCAAGAUAUGGUUUCCUCCUUAAUAAAAGUAGAAACAGAAGAAAUAAGCAAUGACGAUAGUGAUAUGGAACUUAGUGACGCUGUGACCACACCAAAACGACGCAAAUUCGAUACUGUGGUUGGUGACUACAAAUUGGGGUCCCUCAUCAUCGAAGGCAAGACUAAGCAGGUGUAUGAGUUGCCGGGGUCCCCCGAUUUGUGUCUUUUGUUGAAUAAGGACCGAAUUACGGCCGGCGAUGGUGUCAAAGCGCACGACCUGGUGGGAAAGGCGGCAAUUUCAAAUAAAACAAAUGGGAAAGUGUUCGAAAUUUUGAAUUCCGUGGGGGUGAAAACGUCGUUUGUGAAGGCCGCCUCCGAUGUGGCUUUCAUUUCGAAGAAAUGCGAGAUGAUCCCCAUUGAGUGGGUGACGAGGAGACUGGCGACUGGGUCGUUUUUGAAGCGGAAUCCGGGGGUUCCCGAAGGCUACAGGUUUUAUCCCCCCAAAAAUGAGACUUUCUUCAAGGAUGACGCAAACCACGACCCCCAAUGGUCCACUGAGCAGAUUAUCUCGGCGAAGUUCAAGGUCAAUGGCUUGGAGAUUGGACCCACAGAAGUCGAUAUUAUGACAAGAACAUCCAUUCUGGUCUUUGAAAUUUUGGAAAAAGUUUGGGCGACCCGAAACUGCGCCCUUAUCGACAUGAAAAUAGAAUUUGGGGUCGACAAAACAGGUGAGAUUCUCGUGGCCGACGUGAUCGACUCCGACAGCUGGCGUCUUUGGCCCUCCGGAGACAAGCGCCUCAUGGUGGACAAACAAGUCUACCGUAACCUUACCACCGUCACCUCCUCUGAUCUCGACACUGUCAAACGCAACUUUGAAUGGAUCGUUGACCAACUGGACCAUCUUGCCCCACCUAACGACCACCUUAUCGUCAUCCUCAUGGGUAGUCCCUCCGACGCCGACCAUUGCAAAACCAUCCAAAAACACUGCGAGAAACUCGGCCUUAAUACCGAACUACGAGUCACUUCGGCACACAAAGGCACAGAUGAAACGAUCAAAAUUGUCCGAUAUUAUGAAUCUCUUCCUUUGAAAGUUGUUUUCGUUGCAGUGGCGGGACGCUCGAACGGUUUGGGACCAGUGGUUUCGGGGAAUUCCCCAUUCCCGGUCAUUAACUGUCCACCACUUAAAUCUGACAAUGUUGAUAGGGAUGUUUGGUCGAGUUUAAAUGUGCCCUCAGGAUUAGGGUGUAGUACGGUCCUGUAUCCCGAAGCGGCGGCCUUAAACGCGGCUAAUAUCAUCGGGUUGAGCAAUUAUGUAGUUUGGAGUAGGCUGAGAGUGAAACAAUUGGAAAAUUACGUUACUUUGGCUAAAGCGGACAAGGGUGUGAGGAGCAAUUAAAUGUUAUUUUUUUUA